AUAUAAUAAUAAAUUGAAAUGACCAUCUUCGUGCACCAUGUACGGAACGUGCUGCUUAGGCUGCCUCUGUCUCCAAGAAUGAAAACGCUGAUCGACCACCCAGCAGGCCCCCUGACCAUAUUCUUCUGGUGACCAUUUGUGAAAUGGAUGAUAACGUUUGCGAAUAUUAAAGACUUCAAGAGACCCGUCGAGAAUGUAUCCCUGAACCAGCAGAUCGCUAUUUUUGUAACAGGAGCUAUCUGGACCAGAUACUGCAUGGUCAUCACACCUGUCAACUAUAGUCUCAUGGCCGUUAAUGCAACCAUGGGAGCCACUGGGUUCUACCAGAUUUGCAGAAAAGUUAAAUUCUACCAGCAGGAAGGCGUCGACACCGCGCCGGCUGCACCAGCCCCUGCCGAAGAAAAGGCCCAGUAAGC